AUGUCUCAUGGCAGAUCUCUUUCGCAGAGCCAGAAUGCAUUUCUCAAGCCUCCGUCAGACAAUAGAAAAGAUCGCACGGUGACUGCUUCCAAGUCGAAACAAAAACGCCAAGCCAACGUUUAUGACGCUGUCGCUGGACGUAUCUCUGUGGGUGGCUUCCGCGCCCAAACGCGGUUCUCUUCUCGGUACAGAGAUAAUGCGUCCUCCAGCACCGUAGCGGUACGGCCGGAAGAGGUCCUCUUCCGCCGCCAGAGCGCCCCGGUGCGAUACGAAGAAAAUGAUUUUUACUUUGCGAACGAGAAAAUUCCGCCGGAUUGUCCUCUGCCGUCCUCGGACCUGUUGCAAGCGAUUCACGCCUACUCGGCUGAUUUCUAUGAGAACGCCAUCACGGACGGUGGAGCGGAUAACUUUCGAAGCAUGGAUGAAACGGCGUUGAUUGCCAUGGGUAUUCUUCUGGAAGAGAUGGCGAAGGAGUCUCUGGGUGAAACUGGGGACAUGGUUCUCGUAGAAGGAGAGGAGAUUGAAGGCUCCGACGGCGAGGCUAGUGUCGCAUCUCUAGGAAAGUCCGGCAGGAAACGGUCAAACGCCAGUGUCCAUGCCAGCUCGGCUGAGGAGUUGCGAUCGAUACGAAGGAUGAGGAAGAGAAGGCGCAAAACACCCCGGCCGGAGAGCUCCGCUCCUGAGACGGAGGCAGAUGCUGAAGCUUGA